AUGGAUUUAUUGUCUAAGCUCUUGCUAUCUGGCGGUGCUGAGAAGGUAAAUGCAGUUGGGGGUGCCAUCAGUAUUGAGGCAUCUAUUAAAGAGAGGUUCACUGUCGAGACAUUGGCUGCCUUUAUCAUGAUCUUUGAGGGUGAUUUCUUAGAGGAGUUUGAUGAGAAUGUAAAUGCUUUGCAAGGCUUAGGAUCAUACCCUUAUGCUCCUGAAAAGCUAGAUCUUGACUUGAAAAAUAGACCAACUCCUCUCGCCAAACUAUCCAUGGAGGAGCCGCAUGUGGUUGAAUUAAAAGAGCUACCAUGUCAUUUGAGUAACAUGAUGCCCGAGGACCUGACGGUCCAGCAGAGAAAGAAAUUCUUACAUGAUGUGAACAUAUACUUGUGGGAUGAUCCAUACUUAUUUAGGAUGUUUGUUGAAAAUGUGCACCAGAAGCUGAGUAUUCUUGAGGCCUAUCACUCUUCUCCAGUGAUAGGACAUCAUAGUGGAGCACGAAUAGCUCAAAAGUUACUUCAAUGCAAAUAUUAUUGGGCCACUAUCUAUAGAAAUGCAUAUGAUCUGGAAAAGAGUUGCAACAAGUGCCAAAGGCAUGAUGCUAUAUCAAGGCUCCAAGAGUUUCCUCUAACUCCAAUGUUGGAGGUUGAGCUUUUUGAUGUGUGGGGAAUAGAUUUCAUGGGAUCAUUCAUGAGCUCAUAUGGCAUGAAAUAUAUCCUGGUUGCAGUCGACUACAUCUCCAAAUAG